CAUGAUGGAUUCUCUUUUGCCUGGCACCUUAUGGGUGAUACUCUUCCUCUCCACACUGCCACAUCUGACCUGCUCUGAAAUCUGUCCUGGCAGUUGCAUUUGUUAUUCUGGAGGUGCUGUCGUGUGUGUUGGUGGCAUCACAGACAUACCAAAGCAGAUGCCUGUCCACAUGUACCUCUUGCAGCUCAACCGUACAAACAUGAGAAUCAUAAAUGAGCACAGUCUGGCAAACAAGGAUUUGCUGUUGCGUUUCAGCCUGACCGAGAGCCAUCUGCACACUAUCCAUCCACUGGCCUUCCACGCUGCCCCACACCUCUUGUCUGUCAAGCUGUCUUCCAAUAAUCUUACAAGUAUUCCUGCCCGAGUCUUCAGCCCAUUGGUUGAUCUAGAGCAGCUAUAUUUAGAUGAGAAUGAAAUAGAGACUAUUGCUUCUAAGAUGUUUGAGGGACUUUCGAGGCUGCUGUAUCUAGACCUCAACCGCAACAAAAUUGUGUCCCUUCCUUCAGAUGCUUUCCAUGGACUGACCAACCUCACCUUUCUGAACCUUGGCGAAAAUUCCUUAAAAGAACUUCCACCCACCAUCUUUUCCUCUUUGAGCAGUCUUCAGUACCUCAUGCUCUACAAGAAUGAGCUAGAGAGUCUGGAAGCUGGGGUCUUUGAUGAACUUUCUAAUCUUGAGGAGCUCAAAAUACACCAAAAUCGGAUUGCCAGGCUCUCACCUCAAGUGUUCUGGUCUCUGGGGAACCUCAAGACCCUUACCUUGUCCUCCAACCAACUCCAGGGUGUCCCAGAAAAGAGCUUCUACAACAUGCCCAAGCUAAACAAACUCACCAUUUACAAGAAUCCCCUGUUGUCACUGCCAGAUGAUCUGAUGGGUCACAUGCCAUACAUUAGAGAAUUUUAUUUGUAUGCCACUAACCUAACCACGGUUCCAGGCAACUUGUUUGCUAAUAUGUCUGGUCUGCUGAUCCUGAAUUUGCAUUUCAACGAUAGGCUGAGGGAGUUACCUUCAGAUCUGUUCUGCUGCCUUCCCACCCUUCGCAAACUUUCACUGAAGUUCAAUGACCUCCAGUACCUACAUCCAAACGUGUUCUCCAACCUAACUACACUGGCCACACUGUUUCUGAAUAACAAUAAGCUGCAGACCUUACAGGAAAAUAUCUUUCAAAGUCUUUUAGGGCUUACUUACCUUGACCUGAGAAUGAACUCUCUAAGGACUCUUCCUGGGGAUAUUUUCUCUUCAAACAGAGGUUUGAGAGCUCUUUAUCUGAGUGACAACCCCUGGGACUGUACUUGCAGGAUUAGAGGUAUUGCAAGAUGGAUUUGGCUGAAUUCAGAUGUGGUUCCUGACAGAAAUGAUGUGAUUUGCCACAGUCCACGGUAUUUUUUGGUGCGCACCCUUGGCUCUCUGCAUGAUGAGGAGUUUAAAUUUUGUGAUGCUAUUACGGUCACAAGUUAUUCUUCUACACAAAGUCACCUGCAUGACACAACCAAAUCAACUUCUGACGCUUCCACAGUUUUUGUUUUAUCAAGCAGACAAACACCAACCCUCACCUCAAGAACCACACCACUCACAUCAUCAAGGACCCCACCGACCACCCCUGAGACCUCUGCAGCAAAAGCUCCAAGAACAACUCCACCAAUGACACCGGUCACCACCUCAACAACCACACGCCCCACAGAAUCAGCUGCAAUCCCGGCAACAACCCUAUCAGUACCAUCGUCCCUCCAUACUCCAACCAGAUCCCUGCCUGAGGAGGAGUCAGUUUCCAUCUCUGAGACCCCCCAAGUUCUUAAUGAGUCGCCUCCUUUCUACGAUAAACUGGUGGUGGAGCAGGGGCCUGAGUUUGUACACCACAAUCGUCACUGGGGAUGGGUGUACGUGUGGGCUCUGCCCUCCAGUCCAGCUAGGACAGCAUUCUUCAUGUUUUGUCACAUCCUUCUGCUGGUCACUGGUGUGGUGCUUAUUCUUGCUGCCAUAUAUGGCAUGUAUCGCCUCAACAAGGAAAUGAGAGAGAUAGAGGCACACACACUCAAGGGAAGCAAAACAUGA